CCAUUUUUCCCUCCUGAUAAAGUACAAAGAGAACAACCGAAUGGGGUUCUCAUCAAACCUUGCCUUAGCCCUGGCAACAAUAAUUGCCAUAUGCCUCUCCAUCACCAAUCCAUCCGUCGCCCAGAACUCCCCCCAGGACUACCUCCAACCCCACAACGCCGCCCGGAGGGCCGUCGGCGUGGGCCCCAUGACAUGGGACAACACCCUGGCCCGCUACGCUCUCAACUAUGCUAACACGAGGACCGGCGACUGCCGGCUGGUUCACUCCCGCGGCCCCUACGGCGAGAACCUCUACAUGAGCUCCCCCAGCAUCGCCACCGCGGCGCGCGCGGUGGGCGCGUGGGUGGACGAGCGGCGGUUCUACGACUACCGCACCAACACCUGCGCACGUGGGAAGGUGUGCGGUCACUACACCCAGGUGGUGUGGCGUGACUCCGUGCGGGUUGGCUGCGCACGUGUGCGGUGCAACAACGGUAACUAUUUCAUCAUAUGCAGCUACAACCCCCCGGGCAACAUAUCCGGGCGUCGCCCAUAUUUAAGCGACGCAGAAGAAGCUUUGGAGGGCCAAGAAGCCACGGAGGUUGAGGACGGGGCACAGGCCUUGUCCUUCAAGUAGGGUGAUCGAUAUAGCUUGCAUGCCUUGGUUUUUUGCCCCUUGUUCGAGGCAUUGGCGAUUGGGAGUAGGCUAUGAAUCCAGUUGGUCGUUCCACUGUGAUGUUUGCUUAAUUGUUAUGCUGUAUAGCUGAUCUCGUCUUGAUGGGGCUGAACUUUGUUCCCCCUCGUCACUCGUUACAUUGUAAUGUGUUUUUUGUUCCAGUUUCCCGUGGUGGUUUACACGUGGAGUUGUAUCAAUCUACUUUGGUAAAUAAACAAAAGGGGUAUCCGUGUUCCUGAACAUGGCAAUGUAACUUACUUAUGAUC